AAGAGCCUGCUGCACUCACAACCAGAGGACAGCAGUAGGUCAGGGCCUUCUGGGCCAGCCUCAGAGCCUGUCACUGAUUCUGCAGGAAAGGUAAGCAUGGGAGGACGGAAGAUGGCAAGAGAUGAAGAAAGUGCCUAUGGUUCUGGAGACACCACGCAGGCUCUGCAGGAGUCCAGGCUGAGGCUCAUCCUGGUGGGGAAGACAGGGGCUGGGAAGAGCGCCACCGGGAACAGCAUCCUGGGCUACAGGCACUUCGUCUCCAGACUAGCAGCCACCUCGGUGACCAAAACCUGCAAAGUGGGGAGUCGAAAAUGGGACAGAUGGCACUUGGAAGUCAUGGACACCCCCGACCUUUUUAGCUCCCUGGUCCCCAAGACAGACCCGGGGUGCCAGGAGCGAGCCCGCUGCUACUUGCUGUCGGCUCCUGGGCCCCAUGCGCUGCUCCUGGUGACUCAGCUGGGCCGCUUCACUGAGCAGGACCAGGAGGCUGUGAGCGCGCUCAAGGUCCUGUUUGGAGACAACGUGGUGAAGAGCACCAUCGUGCUGUUCACGCGCAAGGAGGACCUGGCAGGCGGCUCGCUGCAGGAGUUCGUGCGCGACACGGACAACCGUGCACUGCGGGCUCUGGUGGCCGAGUGCGGGGGCCGUGUGUGCGCCUUCGACAACCGGGCGAUGGGUGGGGAACUGGAGGCCCAGGUGCAGGAGCUGCUAGAGCUGGUGGAGCGCCUGGUGCGGGAACACAAGCAUGCUCCCUACUCCAACGACGUGUACCGCCUGGCGCAGGAGCUGGCCUUCUCCAGCCCCGAGGAGCAGCUCAGACGGGUGGCAGAGAGGCUGGCAGGCCGCCAAUGGGGGCGACAAAGGCGAGGGCUGCUGGGUCGACUGUGUGGGUGGGUGAAGGCUUGGAAGCUGCGCACAGCCACACUACUGGGCAUCCUGUUCCUGCUUUGGGUACUGCUCUCCAGACACUGGUCCCAGGCCGUGGACGAGGUCCGUCCUGAGUAACAGAGUGUAUCUAAAUAGGACUUGGAACCAUUCUCCCCUGGUGUCCAUGCCUCCAGGGCCCACAGGUUUUCCUUGUGUCCCUCACUGGCAGUAACUUACCAAUCCAAAGACAAAAAUGCUUCCCGCUCCCAUCUAUCUCCCAAACUUGCCCAUGGGACCUGGCCUUCCCUGAGUUCUUCUUACAGGAGCCCAAAAAGUGUUGCUCUUGCCUGUUUUCCACUGACCUCAGGCUGCUGUCCCAAGUCCUGGUAUCAUCCCUGGUCUCCCCAGGGGACCAAGGACCAGAGCCAGCACAAAGCCUCAGUCCAGACCUAUUUAUUUCAAUUUGAAUUGCAUGAAUAAAGCUUUGGU